UUUAUUAUGCGGAAGAACAAGACACUUCAGAGUUCACGCACUCCUAGAGAAAACCACUCCGCUUCUCUCUCCGACUCGAUUUACAAGCAUUUCAACUGUAAAUCUGUCUGCGAAGAGCUUUGAUUGAUCAAAGUAUAGCCGAUUUGGUUUCGAUUCGAUUCGAUUUACAUUUCGUUUACCACUGUGAUUCAUGAAUAUAUAGUUUCGAUUUCAAUCAAUUUCUCUUGCAAUAUUGGGGUUGAAGAUGAAGAUACAAGACAUCAUCUUCUUAGCUUUUGUAUUCUGUUUUGCUUCAAUUGACAAAUCCGUCUCUGUUCCGUCCAAAGAAACUCUCGGAAUUCCUCCGAAAGAUCAAAAUUAUUACAGAACAAUAUCUGGGUACAUCAAAUGCAGGGACGGAUCCAAGAAAUUCACCCCGGCUCAGCUCAAUGACGAUUUCUGUGACUGCCCCGAUGGCACCGAUGAACCAGGAACAUCCGCGUGCCCUAAUGGGAGAUUCUAUUGUCAGAAUGCAGGGCAUGCUCCAGUUGAAAUAUAUUCUUCUAAGGUCAAUGAUGGUAUCUGUGAUUGCUGUGAUGGGAGUGAUGAGUAUGAUGGUAAAGUGAAAUGCCCAAAUACUUGCUGGGAGGCUGGAAAAGUUGCUAGAGAUAAGUUGAAGAAAAAGAUUGCAACAUUUCAGGAAGGGGUCACUUUGCGAAAGCAGGAAGUUGAAAAAGCAAAACUAGCGGUAGCCAAAGAUGAAUCAGAAUUGUCAAAGUUGAAAAAUGAGGAGAAAGUACUUAAAGGGCUUGUUCAACAGCUUAAGGAGCGCAAGGAACAGAUAGAGAAAGCAGAGGAGAAAGAACGCUUGCAGAAAGAAAAAGAAGAGAAGGAGAAAAAAGAAGCUGCAGAAAGGAAAGAAAAAGAAGAGAAGGGAAAAGAGGAAGCUGACGAAGCUAAUUUAGAUAAAACUAAAUCUGUGGGUGAAGCUGACAGUCAAGAAGGAAAAUUAACAGAACGUACAAAUGAUGACAAAAUUGAACAACUGGAGAAAUCUCUUUCACAUCAGGACGUGGCACAAGAAGACGGAAAUUCAGUAGGUGAAACUGCGCACAUUGAUACUUCUGAAAAUGAACUCACUCCAAAGAAUGGAGUGGAACAGGGAAAUGAGGAUUCUGGCAAUCAAGCUGCAAAGAAAGAGGAAGAGUCUCCUGUUGCAUAUGAAACUGGUGUUGACACUGGAAUUGAGGAAAAAGAUGCAUCUGAAAAUACUGAAUCUUUGUCGAAGGAAGAGCUGGGUCGUCUUGUUGCUUCUCGUUGGACAGGAGAAAAUACAGGGCAGCAAACCAAGGAAGUUGGUGAUGUAACAAGUGAUAAUGAGAACCAUGAAGAGACACCAAAAGAUGCCCAUGAUGACGGAUACGAAAGCUAUGAAUCAGAAGCGGAGGAUGAUAGUCAAAGAUAUGAUGAAGACGCAGAAGACCCGGUGGAGGAUUUUGGGGACGAGGGUCAUCGCGAUUCUAGUUCUUCAGACAAAUCUGAGUCAGAUGAUGAAUGGGACUUGUCAGAUAUCAGCACAAGAAUCCCAUCUUGGUUGGGGAAGAUACAACAAACUGUGCGGAACGUUCUACAAGCUGUUAAUCUGUUCAAGACUCCAGUGAAUAUAUCCGAGGCUGCUCAAGUACGCAAGGAAUAUGACGAGUCCAGUUCAAAGCUGUCAAAGAUAGAAUCAAGAAUAUCAAGUUUAACUGAAAAGUUAAAACAUGAUUUUGGACCAGAGAAGGAGUUCUAUUCAUUCUACAAUAAGUGUUUCGAGAGCAAGCAAAACAAGUAUGUUUACAAAAUCUGCCCAUUCAAACAAGCUUCCCAGGUGGAGGGCUAUAGUACAACUCAGUUAGGGAGCUGGGAGAAAUUUGAGGACUCAUACAAAGUAAUGCAAUUUUCAAACGGUGAUAAAUGCUGGAAUGGGCCUGACAGAAGUUUAAAGGUCAAGUUAAGAUGUGGGCUGAACAAUGAACUUACUGAUAUAGAUGAGCCAAGCCGUUGCGAAUAUGUAGGAUUAUUAUCUACCCCAGCUCUUUGUCUGGAAGAAAGACUGAAGGAACUGCAAGUCAAAUUAGACUUGAUGAGCAGGGAACAACCUCAAGGUCACGAUGAACUUUAAGCCGUUCUAGGUUCACAUAGUUGAGUUAGUUGAUUCAUUUUCUUCGGAAGAAUCAUCAGUUUCAUCUUUGAAAGAUACCAUCAAACUCAAGUCGACCUCGUUGCAGGUAGUAUUUAUGAACUGCAAGCAAUAUAUGAAGCGACUGGGCUAAUUAUGUUUUUGUUGUGGAGCUCACUUCAUUUAAUGGUUUACAUUCUUCUUGAAAUGUUGAGUGAGGCUUAGGUAUGAAAAAAGAGCUACUAUUAGAAGAGGGGGUGAGUUGAGGCUUGGGAUCACUUAAAACAGUGUUCGAUAGAACUGAUCUUGAUAAUGUUAAUCUUCUUCUCUUUGAAAUGAACUUGUAGAAUGAUAUUUAUUAUCGGAACAUUUUAUGCACUUUUUGCCCCAACUGGACUUGAACCUAGACCUUCCACUUAAGAAGGUUGUAGAAGAUACACCUCUAGACUACAACUUUGGUCCGAACAAAUAAUAUUUCUCCCUUGUCUAUGUUUGGGUUGUGCAAUAUUGCAAUUUGAUUGAGAUUUUUUAGUUUUCUGAA